GCUGGCGCAGCUCCUGGUACACAUACCACCACUUCCACCACUACUACAACUACAACUACCACUUCUAAUCCAAAUAAUAUCGAUGGAAACAUCGUAAACUCAUUGAUAGAUGAAAGCGUGGUACUGGAUGACGACGACGACGACGAUGACGAAGAUCUAGAAGAACUAUCAACUACAAAUAUAUUCCAUUCAGACCACCAGUUUCUUUACUCAAAAGACCCCUCUCAUCACCCUUUGAUAGUCAACGGAGCAAGAUAUAAAUAUAAAAAACAAAGAACCAUCUCUUUGCCACAAUUGCCAUAUGCAAAAUUACUAUACAAUACUACUAUAAUAGAUCAACACUCAAAUGAAGGCCAUUACACCUAUAGAGGUGGUGCCACUCAGAACGAUGACGAACUAUUGAAUUUAACUGGAAAUUCAAAUAUAACCCUGGAUUCAAAUAAAUUAGUAGACUUGACAGUUAUAAGAUCACUCUCGCCAACUGUCACCUCAGACUACUCUUCUCACCCUAUCAAGAGAAGACUAUCUUCAAUAACCAAAUACCACAGACUGCAUCAUCACACUUCUUCUUCCACAAGCGCAUCUUCUUCAAGCCACAGCUCUUCUCGUAACGAGUCUCACUUCCAAACUGAUAAAGACGGCCACUAUGUGUACAAAGCAAAUGAUAUCUUUUGUGAUGGUAGAUUCAUCGUAAAGGAACUACUAGGCCAAGGAACCUUUGGAAAAGUACUCAAAUGCAAAGACAAUCUAGAUUCUGGAAAUCUAGUCGCCGUGAAAGUAAUAAAAGCAAUCGAGAGAUAUAGAGAAGCUGCAAAAACUGAGCUGAGAAUUUUACAAACUAUUCAUGAUAAUGAUCCAUUAGGAAAUUAUCAAUGUAUUCUAUUGAAUGAGUGCUUCGAUUACAAGAAUCACAUCUGUUUAGUGACAAACUUAUACGGCAAGUCCAUUUAUGAUUUCAUGUGUUCUAACGCCAUCGCAAGGUUCCCUGGGUCUCAAGUACAAGCAAUUGCAAGACAGCUCAUAAGAUCGGUCUGCUUCUUACAUGAUUUAGGAAUAAUCCAUACAGACCUAAAGCCAGAAAAUAUUCUCUUGGUAGAUGAUUCUCACUAUAUCUCAAAGCAAUUACCAAAGGAAAAAUUAUCUUCUCUAAGUUUAAGAAGGAAGAAUGCAAGUAAUGGCGGUAUUCAUAAAAUUUUAGUCAAUCCAGAAAUUAAAAUUAUAGAUUUUGGUUCAGCUAUUUUUUAUAACGAAUACCACCCUCCAAUCAUAUCUACCAGACAUUACAGGGCCCCAGAGAUUAUCUUGGGUUUAGGCUGGUCUUACCCCUGUGACGUUUGGUCAAUAGCAUGUGUACUGGUAGAAUUGGUUACUGGUGAAUCAUUAUACCCAAUACACGAAAAUUUAGAACACUUAGCUAUGAUGCAAAGAAUUAAUGGUCAACAAUUACCAAAGAAAAUUGUGGAGAAAAUGUUUUAUAAAGUUACGCAUAAAUUAGGCAACUUGCCUGCAGAUUUAAAUACCACUGUCGUAAGGCAUUUCGACAGGAAAAGCUUAACAUUACAAUGGCCAGAAGUUAAUAAAAAUGGUGAUAUGGUGACUACAGAAAAAUCGAUGAAAAGAGUAAGAGAUUCUUGUGAUAGACUGGAUCUACACAUCUCAAGAAAAAUAUCCACCGAUUUCUUUGGGGACAAUUCCCUUACAAUUAACUGGAAUCUAUCGCCAGAACAGAAUUGGAAUUUAAUAAGGCAAAAGUUAUCAAGUUAUAACUCACACUACCCAAAUUCAUCUUCGACACCAAAUUCUCCAAAUAAUUCCUUAUCAUCUUCUCCACAAAAUUACUACUAUCCAAAUUCUUCUAACAUUAACUCUAACGGACUAAGCUCAUUCUCUUCAAGUCAAAAUUCAGAUAAAGUUCCUCUAGACAAAGAAACGUUCUUGUUUUGGUACUGGUUCGUUGAUUUGUUGAAAAAAAUGUUCGAAUUCGAUCCUACUAAAAGAAUAACUGCAAAAGAAGCAUUGGAUCAUGAAUGGUUCAACUUAGGUAUUUUAGAUGACGGUAUUUCAAGUUUUGAAAACUUUUUAGCAUAA